UCACACCGCGGGAGGCUUUAUUAGGGAUCGGCUCGUCUUAUCUCUCACACGAUCUGGCACGCGCAAGAGGGCAGCACGUGUGGAGGAGAGACAAGUCUAGAGGAGGCAGGAGGAUUCCCUGUAAUCGGUCCCCUCACAGAAGAAUGGCCCCUGGCAUGCAGUUUACUAUAGUGCGUCUGAUAUGAUCAUAAUAUCACGGAAAAACAAGACGGACUACAGGAGCAGUCGUUUUGUCCACGAGCGCACCCUGUCACGACGACAACUUUCUUUGUUUUCCUAUAGCGGAGGUCAAGAGACAACACUUCUGAAGAUCUUUAUCCUCAGACAAUCAAGUGAUGCUCCGCAAAAGUGAAAGAAAACAUUAACACCUGGUUAUGGCCUAGUUAAUAGUCACGUAAAAUAGUUUUGAAUAGUCAAACAUUUCAUUUGAAGACCUUUGAUGGCAUCACCUUUGAAUGUAGUUUUUCCUCGAACAUGAAAUGUUGAUGAGAAGGGUUGGAAAUGUUUGGCCGUGAGAGAAACCAACAAGAGUCACAGUUUUUAACGUGGAAAUAACUCCUCAGCGGUACACACUUCUUGGAUAAAGUUCAACAAAUGUAUAAGGGGUUGUUGAACCUUUGAUCUGAAAACUGAACAGACUGCUUGAAGAUGAUGCUAAGUCCAGACCAGCCAGAUGCCGGGCUGCCCACAGAGACCCUGCUGAACGGCAUCAAGAUGGAGUGCGCCCCCAUGCCCGCGGAGCCCGCAGAAGGCGAGGGCAAGGCGCGAUCUCUGUCCAUGCCUUCCCUCAGCAGGGAGGAGAAGAGGAGGCGGCGGCGUGCCACAGACAAGUACCGGUCCGCACACGCCACGAGAGAGCGCAUCCGCGUUGAGGCCUUCAACGUUGGGUUCGCCGAGCUGAGGAAACUUCUCCCGACACUUCCGCCAGACAAGAAGCUGUCCAAGAUCGAGAUUCUCCGGCUGGCAAUCUGCUACAUCACCUACCUCAACCAUGUGCUGGACGCGUAGGGAACGCAUUAGGGAUAGACAUCUGUCAGUGAAGGAGAGAAGACUGAACAUGGGGAAGAUCUCAAGUGCAUACUCUUCGCAUCCUCUCUCCUUUCUUCUCUUCUCCUUCUCAAAACGAAUUGGAUGAGAAAACCAGAGGUUACUCCUCUCUGACCAUCUCCUCCAAUGGGUUUUGAAAAGGAGACAAGGAGAGAGGACACAAGGAGUAUGUAAUUGAGAUCUUCCCAUGGAGACCGAGAAGGGUGGACAUUGUUGCCACAUAUCUGACCUCGGAGCCCUGUCGUGCCUAUGGUGUCUGCCGAAGUCCCCUGGUGUGGUGCCACUAGGCCAGGGACACAUAAUAAAACAGGACCUAAUGUCUCUCUCUCUUUCACAGUGCUGUGAUGGAAAGAAACUGCUGCCCCACUGGACUUCCCCACAGACUUAUUCAGUGCUGCUGCUGAGUCACCUCAAUCCAAAUUUGUUGUCAGAAAAUGCAAUAAUGUCGGGUUGUCCUACUUCUUAUAGGCCUAUGUUCCUAGUAUUGAAAGCUAUAGUACUGUUAGCUUAUAGACUUCACUGCCAGGGCCAAACUUCUCUCCAUGGACAGGGCUGAUUUAAAGGACCUAUAGCUGCAGAGACGUGCUGAAAUCAGCACUGAUGUUCAAAGUAGAAUAUAACUCUGCACUUAUUUACAGAAAUGAGAUGUUUUAUAUUGUAUUCGUUGUUGGUUUGUGGAUUAGGCCUGGUAAGUUAUUUAUUUGUCAAUGAAUGUUUACAUUGUGUCAUUUCUUAUGUCUGGUGUUUGCACAUGCAUAUUUAUUUUAAUUAUAUAACAAUCAUUUAUACUCUGACAACAGAACUGAUAUUGCUGCUCUUUAAUUGCAGUUUUUAUGAGAUUUGAUCUGUUUAACAUUUUUCCCCAAAAAGGUGAUAUCCUUGUUAAGUCCAAAGGUUGCAAGGGAAAUAGCAAUAUUUCGUUUAGUAUGGUGAGACAGUUUCAGAUUUAGGCUGACAAUUUAAUUGUUAGGUUUUUCUAUUGUCCAUAAGUUUGUUGGUUUCUUGCUUUUUUUUAGACAAUUUUUUUUGGGGUGACAAAAACUCCAUAGUUUACUGUAGCCAAUACCUGCUUUCCAAAGAUUGCUUAACAUUUCAGGGUGUCCUUUCGUAGUAACCCAUGGAUAUGAAACAUAGAAAUAGAAUUUGUUAAAUCAAAUAAACAGCUUUUUAAUUUAAAAUAUU